AUGACCGUCACCUACACUGCCCGGGUGGCGAACGCCCGCUUUGGUGGCUUCUCACAGCUGCUGCUGCUGUGGCGCGGGAGCAUCUACAAGCUCCUGUGGCGCGAGCUGCUGUGCUUCCUCGGGUUCUACAUGGCGCUGAGCGCCGCCUACCGCUUCGUGCUGACCGAAGAGCAGAAGCGCUACUUCGAGAAGCUUGUCAUUUACUGCGACCAGUACGCCAGCCUCAUCCCCGUCUCCUUCGUACUCGGGUUCUACGUGACGCUGGUGGUGCACCGCUGGUGGAACCAGUACCUCUGCAUGCCGCUGCCCGACGCGCUCAUGUGCGUCGUGGUGGGCACGGUGCACGGGCGCGACGAGCGUGGCCGUCUGUACCGGCGCACGCUCAUGCGCUACGCCGGGCUCUCGGCGGUGCUCAUCCUGCGCUCGGUCAGCACGGCGGUCUUCAAGCGCUUCCCCACCAUAGACCACGUGGUGGAGGCGGGGUUUAUGACCCGCGAGGAACGCAAGAAGUUCGAAAACCUGAAUUCGUCCUACAACAAGUACUGGGUGCCCUGCGUCUGGUUCUCCAACCUGGCGGCGCAGGCCCGGCGCGAGGGCCGCAUCCGUGACAACAGUGCCCUGAAGCUGCUGCUUGAGGAGCUGAAUGUGUUUCGGGGCAAGUGUGGGAUGCUCUUCCACUACGACUGGAUUAGCGUACCCCUCGUCUACACCCAGGUGGUGACCAUUGCAGUGUACAGCUACUUCCUGGCUUGCCUCAUCGGCCGCCAGUUCCUGGACCCGGCGCAGGGCUACAAGGACCACAACCUGGACCUGUGCGUGCCCAUCUUUACCCUCUUGCAGUUCUUCUUCUACGCUGGCUGGCUCAAGGUAGCCGAGCAGCUCAUCAACCCCUUCGGAGAGGACGACGACGACUUUGAGACCAACUUUCUGAUCGACCGCAACUUCCAGGUGUCGAUGCUGGCGGUGGACGAGAUGUACGACGACCUGGCCAUGCUGGAGAAGGAUCUGUACUGGGACGCCACCGAGGCUCGCGCCCCCUACACGGCGGCCACCGCCUUUCUGCUGCAGCAACCCUCUUUCCAGGGCUCCACCUUCGACAUCACGCUGCCCAAAGAGGACAUGCAGUUCCAGCGAAUGGAGGGCUUGGACGGGCCCCUGGGCGACUCGCAGGGCGACUUCCUGCAGCGCUUCCUGCCGGCGGGCACGGGCAUGGCCGGAGCAGGCCUGCUGGGCCGGCGCCUGUCGCUGCUGCGCCGCAAGAACAGCUGCGUGUCCGAGGCGUCCACCGCCGCCAGCUGCGCGUGCGCGGGCGCCCCCGACGGCACGGCCCCGGAGUGCAGCUGCGGGGACCCGCUGCUCGACCCCGGCCUGCGAGACCCGGAGCCUGAGCCCCCGCCCCCCGCGGGUCCCGAGCCGCCUGCGCCCCUCCCCGGGCCCGCCGCUGAGCCCUUCACCGCCGUGCCCAUGCCCGCGCCCCGGGGGCCCGCGCCGCCCUGGCUGCCCAGCCCUAUCGGCGAGGAGGAGGAGAACAUGGCUUGAGAUCUUCGGCCCCAGGACCUGGAAGGACAGGGCGCCGGGGCCCCGCGCGCGCAGCACACGCGCAGCGGCCUGGACCUGCGCCAGCCUCGUGCGCCUGCAGAAAGCCCACCUGCCCGUUUAGACCGGCUCCCGCUGCCCGCGUGGGUCUGGCGCUGUGCUAAGGACCGGGGAUUCCUCAGCUUUGAACAGCCUGCCCUUGUCACCGGCUCCAUUUCCCACGUCCCCACGGCCUGUGAGGCCUCUACCAGUGUGUCUUGCCUUUAUGGUUUCCUGCAAAUGGAAAUGUGAGUGCCUACCUCAGGGAGUGGCUGUGAGGAUGAAAUGAAAGGAUGGCUUUAAAGCAUCUGGUAUACAGUAGGUGCUCAAUAAAUUGUUAGUGGUUUUUACU